AUGAGUUCUGAGGGAACCAUAUGUGAUGAAAGAACGGGACAGUGUCGUUGUAAAGCGGGUGUUACUGGUCUCAAAUGUGACAAAUGCGAACCUAAUUAUUACGGAAUUGGCCCAGAUGGCUGCAAACGUUGCCGAGUAUGCCCAAGUGUAGGGCAAGUAUGUGAUUCUGUAACAGGUGACUGUGUUUGUCCACCAAACACUCUUGGAGAAAUGUGUGAACGUUGUACAAGUAAUGCUUGGAAUUAUCAUCAAUAUCGUGGUUGUCAGCUUUGUGAGUGUGAUGGAAUUGGUGCUGAUUCACAAAUAUGUGAUCAACGAACUGGUCAAUGUAAAUGUAAACCAGGUUAUGUUGGCCACCGCUGUGAUUUGUGCGAACCUGGAUAUCAUUCUUUCCCCGAAUGUAAAUCAUGUCAAUGCUCCUUGGCUGGAACAGAACCUUCUGAAUGUCGAGGAAGUACUUGUCUAUGUUCUUCUAAAGAAGGUCAAUGUAAAUGCAAAAAACACGUUUCUGGCUUAAAAUGUGAUAAAUGUGUUGAGGGAGCUUUUAGCCUAGAAACUUGGCAUCCUUUGGGAUGUACAAAGUGUUUUUGUUUUGAACGAUCGACAGAAUGUCAGCAAUCAGAAAGACUUUAUUGGAGACAACAAUAUGCUUCGGACAGAAAAGUUGUGUUUGAAUCGCCGUUUGAAAUGUUUGAGAGAAAACACAAUUUGCAUGUUUUAAAAGAAUGGCCAAACGACUAUAAUUCCUACCCAACCAACCACACUCCACUGUAUUGGCCAAUGCCUGAAAGUUUCAAAAAUGAUCGAACUGGUUCUUAUAAUGGAUUUUUACGUUUUCGGAUUCGAAAUGAAGACCACAACUAUAAAGGAUCUUUUCUUCAACCAAAUGUCCAUGUAUUUCGUCUUUUCCCUCAAGUCGUUUUGAUUGGAAGUACUCGUAUUGAAUUGGAACAUGUACCUUCACAUUCGAAUAAUAUAAUAGAUGAUGGAAUUUAUAAAGUUCGCCUUCACGAGAGCCAAUGGCGUAACAGAAUAAGCCCUCAAGUUCCUGUGACACGCAAAGAAAUGAUGAUUGCUCUCUUGGAUGUUCAACAUAUUUUUAUUCGUGCAACUUACAACGAUAUGUAUCGGGGUGAUAGUAUUUCGAUAUCAGAAAUUUCAUUGGAUGUGGCUACUGAAGAAAUGGAGGGGGAACCAGCUAUGGGCGUCGAGCAAUGCUUUAAUUGUGCUAAAGGUUAUACUGGCCGUUCUUGUCAACAAGCUGCACCUGGAUUCUUUAUUGCAUACAUUACUGAUUAUUUAAAUCAACCAAAUCCAAUUGUUCUUUCCGGAAUGGCUAUGCCGUGUGAUUGUCACAGCCAUUCCCAACUUUGUGAUCCCAAAACUGGAGAAUGCAUUGAAUGCCUUCACAACACUAUAGGCACACGUUGUGAACGUUGCAAAGAUGGUUAUUAUGGGAAUGCAUUAAGUGGACUUCCAGAUGCUUGUCAUCGUUGUUUAUGUCCGUUGGAGGAUAAUUCAUCAAGUUCUAAAUGUGUAGCAAGUGAAUCUAGUGGUAGAGGAUAUUAUUGUACUGAAUGUAAUCCUGGACAUGUUGGAAUGUAUUGUGAAAGCUGUGAAGCAGGCUAUUAUGGCAAUCCAUUACAACCAGGCGGUCGUUGCAUUCCUUGUGCUUGUCAUCCACAUGGAAGUCUGAGUACUGUUUGUCACAAUAUAACAGGCCAGUGCCAAUGUAGAGAAGGCGUUGAAGGACGUGCUUGCUCUAUUUGUAGUCCUAGACAUGCUUUUCUUAAUGGAGUUUGUACUUCCUGUGAUCAAGGAUGUUAUCGUGAAUUGAUGCUUAUCGAAGAUGAUAUGGAAAAACAAUUACUUCCUCUACAUGGAUUACUGUCCAAAUCUAGACCAAUUCCACACAAACGACUAGCUAGAAUUCGAACCUCAGUCACUACAUAUUCUUCUUUAUUGGAUAGUAUUGGUGGAGAAGAAUUUAAUUCUUUAAUGUCUAAGCCUGAAUUAUCUUGGGCCAUCCCAUUAACUGAAGGAAAAGGAUUUGAAGGAAGUGAUGAUCCUACUAGCCGUUCUUUCCGUCAUGCUCACAUUCUUGCAGAAGAAUUUCGAUUGCUACAAGAAAGAAAUAAUGAAUCUUUAAUUAAACUUAACAAUUUAGAAAAUAAUUUGAAUAAAAUACGUGCAAAAGUAAAGGAAGAGAAUAAACGUGUUAUUGAUAUUGUAAACCAAUUAUCUCAAUUUGUUCAUCGUUCUGGCCAGUCAACAUCCUCUAGUCAAUUACAAUAUUGGUUAGAUCAAGCAGAAUCUUUGUUAAAUACUUCAAGGGAAAGAAUGGCAACAAUUGAAAAGAAGUAUAAUUAUGCAAAGAAAAAUGCUGAAGAAGCUGAACGUCUUUUAAAUGAAAUAACAGCCCGAAAAUUAAAUACAACAUCCUACGAACAUUUAGCCGAAAAACAUCGAGAAUAUCAAUUAUUAAUUAAAGAAUUUCGAAAUAUUUUGUGGGACGAGGCUAGAGCGGGGAGUUUAGCAGCCAAAAAUACAAGUCUGUUAGCCGAGGGAGAAUUGGAAAAUUUACAAAAAAUAAUAGAGGAAAUAGAAAAAUAUAUAAAAUUGGUUGAAGAAGAAAUAAAUAAUGGAAAUUUAAAUAUUUUAAAAAUUGAAGAAAAGAUAAAGGAAAAUGAAGAGAUUGGGAAAGAAAUUAGAAAUAAAUUAAUUUUAAAAAUUAAAAAUUUGAGAGAAGAAGAAUUACAAAAUUUGGAGGGAGAUUUUGUUGUAAUAAAUGAACUUAAACAGACAAGAAUGCCUUUAGCUGAAAAACAUGCUUUGGAAUUGGAAAAACAGGCUUUGAAAUUGAAGGGACAAUUUUCUGAUACACAGGCAAUUUUUUUGAGAAUUUUUUUCGAAAAUUUCAAAAAUUUUUCGAAAAAUAUUUCUUAUUGGGAAACACCUCGAAAUCUCUAA